AUGUUGGCUAUGAGCCAUAUGUACAUCGAUGAAAGGGGAGGGGGCACACGGGGCAUAGCUGGUCCGGAAACAGAGCAAUUCGUCUUGGGGUCGAUCAUCCGGUAUAUCACCCGAGGGUAUGAGCUUUAUCAUGAUCUAGAUGGGCCAGCUCGAGUCAAUCGGCUAUGCGACAGCCAUUUUCCAGACAUGCAAUCUGACGAUCCAAUUGAUAACAUCAUAUACAACUGCUGGUUUAUCAAGUUUGAGAUAAUGGCAGGCCUAUUACAAGAGGUUCAGACACUUGCUGCGAAACAUGGAAUUUCGGAUGAUACCCGAUCAAUUUCCGCUACGGAGUAUCUUUCAAAGAAGGAGCUAUGCAAUCGCUGCUAUACUCUGCUACUAGAAGAUGACACGCCAGAGUCGACUAUUGCCACUUCAGAAUUGCCUCUCGCUAUUUUUUACUUGAGGAAAGGUGUCAAUCAUGUUUCUGGUUGA